GCUUGUACGAAUAAAAUUAUAUCCAAGCAAUCGCCCAACAAGAGCUUCCACUUCUCAAAGCCAGCGCAAAACCGGCAAACAUGCUAGCCAACGACCAAGCCGGCAAUGAUCGCGCCACUCGUGCUGUGGAGGGGGACGACGUUCCGGGACAGCGAGAAAAGAGCAAGUUUAGCGAGGCAUUCGAUACAGUAGCUGGCCCCUUACAGGCCGCGGCACCAGGAAACAGCGGAAGCAGUGAUAUAGCAGACAAGCUGAAAGAAGGCUUGAAGGGAGGAAACCCUGCGACAUAAGCGUGCUCCAACUACGCUAAGAUGCCGAGUGAAGCCUUGCCGUCAGAGAGCGAAUAUGGUGAAAGGCGCUGAAUUAA